AUGGURGCCAUCGACGAGCAGAGUCGAACCUUUUGAAACACGUAUUUAUGUGCAUAUAGUCGUACUGGGAACUACUGGGAACUUUCGAGAAAAUGUCWGCUGCUAAAGUGAAAAUGCGAGAAAAGAAGAUGAGGAAUCAGCCUGCCAGCGUGCAGUAUUCUUCCUCUGAUAAUGCUGAGAGCAGCAGAGGAAGAGGUCAGUCUGUCAGAGGUGGACCAUCCAAUAUGCAACCAUCUCCUAAAAACCUGAAGGGAGACCCCCACACUGGAUGGGUUCGUGGACAUCACAGGGAUGGUGGUGGUUACGUCAAGGAGAUGCCAAAGUUCAUCACUGCUGGAGCUUUUGCCAGAGCCAGGGCUGCAGAGGUGCGCGCCAUGCUGAAAGCCAUUACCAAGACAACAGCCAGCAGCCACGUGUUUCAAGCUCUGCCCAAACACAUGAGGCGACGGGCCAUGAGCCACAACACCAAGCGUCUUCCUCGCAGGCUGAGAGACUUGGCCAACAGAAUGCGAGAGAAGAGCCUCCAGGCCAGCUCAAAGAAGAAGAAAGAACCUGCAAAGAACAAAAGCCGCAAAGCUCGCCGACGGCACGGAAACCUGCUGCUGGAGUUCAAUCGUCGCCAGCGGAAGAACAUCUGGCUGGAGACGCACAUUUGGCACGCCAAGCGCUUCCAUAUGGUUAAGAAGUGGGGUUACUGUCUCGGAGACAGACCCACAAGCAAAUGUUAUCGACCAUGCUACAGAGCCAUGAGCAGCCACUGCCUCCUACAGGAUCUUUCUUACUAUCACUGUAUUGAGCUGAAGGGUGAGGAAGACAAGCUGCUGGCUGCUCUGUCACAGCUCACCAGUAAGGAGACAGGUCCUACAUUUGCUGCAGGCCUGUGUCUGUCGGGGUGCAGACAGGGAAGUGUAACAGUGUACAGAGCAGGGCGGUACCCCUCCCAGCCCCUGGGCCCUGUCACCUUCCUCUGGAGACCCCAAACACAAGGAGCAACUGGCAGGCAGCUAUGGAUCUGGGCUCAUCCCRCUCUGAAGCAGGAUCUUCUCCCUGAAUUACAAAGUGUGUGUCAGUGUCAUGAUGUUGUGGUUCCCCCGGCUGUACCAGAGGUCUUACAGGCAGAGGUGAGUGAUCCCCCACAGCCAGAGAACCUCUCAGAAGAGAAGCUGAAAUGUGGGAUCAAAAGGAAAAGGCACUCUAGGGACACCGGUGAGCCUCCUGUGAAGAAGAUUCUGGGAGAUGGAACCAGAUCACCUGGCACUCCGGUUACCUGGAAGUCCGGAUCAACGGGGAUUGUUAUAAAUGAUCUCACAAUGGAGAUAGUUCGUUAUCGCCUGAUUGGACCACAGUCCCACUCUGUGCUGACUGACACUUUGGAAGCAGCUACAGUCUGUCAUGAUGUGAAUAAUUCCCAGGCCUCCUCCUUCUGGUGGCCUCAGAACUGCAAGGAUGAGAACAAAAUGAAUCUGCAUCACCAACAAGCUGAUAUUUUUCACACACUGAAAGGCAUCUUUUCAACUGGAGAACUCCCCCCAGGCGUAGUGCUGGGUCUGACUGUGGACGACCCCAGACUAACUUUACCCGAAAAGAAGGUCAAAGCUUUGCCCCRUGUAGACCAGGCUCAAGAGGUUGAUGAGAAGACGAGGCAGCUGAUGUUACAAGGAGUCCCAGARCAAUGCUGUCAGAGUUUCCUGUGGGACCGCUCUGUUCGUGAUGAUGUCACUGACAACAAGAUACCCGAGCAGGAGUUGAACCGUAUGAGGAGUGAGCUGCUGGUGCCGGGCUCCAGGCUGAGCUCCAUCCCCCCUCAGAGCCGAGUCCCUGUUUUACUGGUUCACCAGCCUGGAAAGCAGCUGGGAAAUGAGAUGUGCUCCUGGGGGUCUGGAUGGGACCUGCUCGCUCCAAAGGGCUGGGGCAUGGCCUUCUGGGUCCCACUGGUGUACAGAGGAGUUCGUGUGGCGGGGCUUCACAUGAGCCUGAAACACUCCCAAAAUAAAGCUGUUCCUCACUUCCCCCACGACUAUCCCGACUGCCCUGCAGGUGUUCGGUUUCAGGAGGAGCAGGAGGCUGAGUUCCUGGACAAAUUCAAAAGGCGUCCGCCAGCCAAAAGGACCAAUUACAUCAAACAUGGCUGCCUGGCUCCCUUCCGUUGCCCCUGGCAACAGCUGGCAGAGGAGUGGGAAGACGGGCAGAUCCAAAGCACAACACAAACAGGUGUUUCCGUGACCGAGGAGAUGACAUCACAACAAAACAUCGCCACGACUAAAGCUCCGAGCAGCUUUGUUGUUCUGAGGAACAGGAAGUCUCUGCGGCUCCUGUCUGCUUGGUGCAGACCCUCCACAUCCAAAGGCCAGAGGCAGUGUCGUGUUGGGAAGGUGCCACCUCUCAGCCGGCCCGCAGUGACRGCUUUCCUCGCAGCUCACGGAUCCAGCCUGGUGUGGGUGCGCCUGUCACUGCUGGCGAAGGGCAAACCGGAGAUCCACGCCAUGGUGUGUGUGCCGACCGCAGAGGACCUGAAGCUGCUGGGCAGAAACCCAGUGAACGGGGGUCCUCAGGAGCUCCCACAUAAAGACCAUUUCAAAUGCAGAAUCAAACGUCAGAAAAAAGGCUCCAAGAAGGCGACUGCUUUAUCUACUGAUGACCCCCGAGUCAAAGGAUCAGACCCUGCUCCUGUCCCAGUCACAUCCUCAGAUCCCCAGUCGUCCUCAGACCUGAUCUUUGGGCUGUGGCCAGACCCUCUGCCUCGUGUCACGUCUCAGUGCUCCCGGGUGACUCUGGGCUGGGUCACUCAGGGGGACUUCUCCCUGUCUGCAGGCUGCGGGGAGGCGCUGGGCUUCGUCAGCGUCACYGGUCUCCUCCACACCCUGCUGCAGCAGCCGGAGGAGCAGAGAGGAACUCUGCUGCUGCGCAACCCCAACUCCCUUCUUUACCGACUCACWAAGGUCAACAUCGAGGUGUGACUCAAACACUUCAAGCUACAGAGAACUGGAGCCUAAAUACCAAAUAAAUAAAUAAAUGCUGCAGGGUUAACGGAGCGAGUUCUGCAGUGGCCUGAAGGUGCAGCCAGUUACACUGCAUGAAGCUUAAUGUAAAAACCCUGUGCCUUUGCUGAUGACACACAUCCUUAGUGUUACAGCUGAUCUGAGUUGUUGAUGCAGAAUUGUAAUUUCUUUGAUCAUUAGAUUUAAUUUUAAAAACGGAUACUGCAAAAUGGAUGAUUAAUCUAUUUUUAUUUUAUACYCCAAAAACAGGAAAGCAUUUCUUUUUAUUCUUUGUUAAACCAGAAGUUAACACAGCUAUAGUUAGAUAACUUUAAAAACAGGCAGCUGCCUGUAAAUAAAUGCUAGCUAACUGCUUUUGCAUUUCUUUAAAUGACAAACUAUUUUAUCAUCGUAGCUAGUCUAAUUUCUUCUAAAUUUCUUUUAGCUCCACCUUAAAUGGUCUGAUAAUGGAAUAAACAUGUUUUACUUUAUAACUAGCUAACCAGGCAGCCACAGUAAACACUAGCUAACUAGUUUGACAUUUUAUUAGCAGGUGUCAGCUGAUGAUUCAAACUGUUUCCUGGAGAUGCUGCUGCUUUUAGUGCAUGAAGUCUUUCUCCAGGAGGUCCACGGUGAGGAACUUGAAGCAGGUUCUAAAGGAMGGCAUUGAGUUAUCAUGAUGACAAUGUUAAACUUUCAGUGUAACAAAAAUAAAAAAAGAUGGGACUGUUUUUCUGUUUUUGGAGUAUGAAAUGAAAAAUAGAAUAAUGGUCUGUUUUUAAAGCGAAAAAACAAACGAUUGAGUACACGGACAUGUCUCCCUGGGCUGUGGCUGUUCUGACCUGUUUUCAUGUGCAUGGCUUUUGUUUUCCAGAAGAUUCACUUUAUUUUGACCAGCCGUGACCCACUUUGUUUUCACCGGGAGAUAACUACCUCCACCUUCAUGAUUUAAACCAGUCAAAUAUCUUUACCACCAGCUGGAGUGCUUGCUGUGACCUAGUAUUUACAGGGUGUUCUAAUCUAAAGGACAUUAUUUUACUUGUUUUACGUUUAUCAAUAGAGUUUGAGUUCUUGAAAUUCCUUUCAUCAGUGAGAAUUAAAUGCAGAAACACAUCGGUCUUUGUUCACUGCUGCAACAAAGUGUUUUGUUUGAGUAUCAUCCAAUAAAAAGCUGAACAUA